AUAAACUAUUUUUUCUCGACACUAUAAUGAACUCAUUUCGUUUGGAUUUCGUUGUAUUUGGAUUUGGAUCCAAACGCGGCGUCACUCGUUUGCAGAUGAAGCAUUGUUUGGGUUAUGCUCUGUUUGGUUGCCGGGAAAGCUGACAAUCGAGACAAAGACGAGCCGACGAUAGGGAAAACAGUAGCGAGGGGUGGAACCAAGGAGUUGGUGGAGGCACUGCAGCCCGAAAAAUGCGAGAAUAAUUAGAGAAAAGGACGAGCAGGAUCCAGAUUUCGUACAUUGCUUCAUCAUCAAAACCUAGGGUUAGGGUUUUCCAGAUACUUCCCCUUUUCGAUAUUCUGCCGUUUCAAUAUAUUUCCAUCCAAUGUGGUGGUAAAAGUAUUGUUCUGUUAAACAGUACUUUUUACAGACGAUUUUUUCGGGUCCGUUGAAGUCUCCACUUUUAGGGAUCAAAACCUAAUGCUUAUCUGCAAAUCAAUGGCAUUUUCUUCAGUCUCUCGAUUACUGCCAUACUCAAUUCGCCACAAAAACCCUAACUUCUCAACUGCGCUGUCACCUGCGGAGAAAUACUACACCCACCUGCAGAAAUAUGGGGAUGAUAUCGAGAAAACCCUACCUGCGGUGAGGGCUAAAUUAGACUCUUCAUGUGUCAAUGAGGUCUUAAAUAGAUGUUCCCUAACUCAGUCUCAACUGGGUCUUCGGUUUUUCAUAUGGGCUGGUGUCCAAUCAUAUUAUAGACACAGUUCAUAUUUGUAUAGCAAAGCUUGUGAACUAUUCAGAAUUAAUCAAAAUCCAAGAGCCAUUAUUGAUGUUAUAGAAGCUUAUAAAGUGGAGGGGACUGUGGUUAGUGUCAAGACAUUUAAUGUGGUUUUGCAUCUAUGUAGGGAAGCAAAGCUUGCUGAUGAGGCAUUAUGGAUAUUGAAGAAAAUGGCAGAAUUUAAUAUAAGGGCUGACACUGUUGCAUAUAACAGUGUUAUACGUCUGUUUUGUGAGAAAGGUGAUAUGGAUUUGGCUGCAGGAUUGAUGAAAGAGAUGGGUUUAAUUGAUCUUUAUCCUAAUAUGAUUACUUAUGUCACCAUGAUUAAAGGGUUCUGUAAUGUGGGCCGGUUGGAGGAUGCUUGUAAGUUGUUUAAGGUUAUGAAAGGACAUGGGUGCUCACCCAAUGUGGUCGUGUACACUGUGAUUCUUGAUGGGGUUUGUAGAUUUGGGAGUUUGGAAAGAGCUUUGGAGUUGUUAGGGGAGAUGGAGAAAGAGAGUGGUGAUUGUAGUCCUAAUGUUGUUACAUAUACAUCUAUGAUUCAGAGUUGUUGUGAGAAGGGUAAGUUGGUGGAGGCAUCGGAGAUUUUGGAUCGAAUGAGAGCUUGUGGGUGUGCUCCAAAUCGGGUCACAGUUAGUAUUUUGAUGAAGGGGUUUUGUGCAGAGGGGCGUGCUGAGGAGGCUUUUAAAUUAAUUGAUAAAGUUGUUGCUGGAGGUAAUGUAUCAUACGGUGAGUGCUAUAGUUCUCUUAUUGUGUCAUUGGUAGGGAAUAAAAACCUUCAGGAGGCAGAGAAGCUCUUUAGGAGGAUGUUAGCAAAUGCUGUGAAGCCUGAUGGUUUGGCAUGUGGCACUUUGAUAAAGGCGCUUUGUUUGGAGGGACGUGUCUUGGAUGGGUUUCACUUAUUUGAUGAAUUUGAAAAGAUGGAAGGAUUGUCAUACCUUGAUUCUGAUAUUUAUUCCAUUCUUUUAGUUGGACUCUCACAAAAAAGGCACUCAGUAGAAGCUGUGAAACUUGCACGGUUAAUGGUUGAUAGAGGAAUUCAACUGAAGACUCCUUACUUUGACAGUAUAGUUGAACACCUGAAGGAAUAUGGAGACAAGGAGAUAGUAAUGUAUUUGUCUCGUAUUUUUUUUGAUAGGCAAUAAGGUGAUGUUAAAUAAAAGGUCAUUUAAUGGUUGUCUUGGAGUCAUUCAGGUAAAUAAAGGAAAAACCAUUUUUUUUUGUAUCAUUAUUGGGGAAAUUGAGUGGAUGUGAAAAUCUCAGUGUUUUAUGUUAAUCCUAUAUACAUGGUUUAUUUUGGUGGUUUGGUUUUGCAUGGUGGAUUCCAUUUUGUGGUGGUGAUGCGAUGUGUUGGGGGUAGUGCACACACUUCUGUACCCUGGCUCUGCUUUACAAUGUUCUUUGGAAUAAGAUUCAGGCAAACUUCUGGUGGUGUGAUAGGUUUGAUGAGCACAAAGGAUGCCUGAUGCUGCAUACAAUGUCUGCAGUCAAUCCACCAAGGAUGCUCCUGGCUGCUUCCCAAUGGCAGGCAUGCCUGACUUGAUGUUGGCAAGAGAUUGUAUUCUCCCCUCAUUCUCUGGAAGUUGGGGCAAGAAAUGCAGGCAUUCCUGCUUUUUGUCAUUGAGCUUGGAGGAUUUUCUACAACUUCAUUUAGUAUGUUAAACAUCAACACACUCAUUCCAUUUGACACAUUGAUCAUUCCCAUGUGGCCCUUGAGGCCUGGCUCCGAUGGCUAUCCGGGAAUACUAUCAUCUCAAGGUGAAAGACUGGGACCAAUCUAUUUAUGAAAACCGCAGUGGCCUUAGUUCCAUGAGUUCUGGUGGCAUUCGAUGAUGGCUCUAUGGUUCUGGUGACUAGAGUAGGAUCAGGCAGGACCAAGUCUUGAAGAAUGAGGUCUGCAGGAAACAAGAUGUGGUCAGAUUUAAGCAUUGUUUGCAGGGGUGCAAGUUAUGGGCAUGCAGGUCUGACUCAAAAGAUUUUGGAGGACAAAGUUGGGCGGGGAGGGAUGGCAGGGCUGAUCAACUGGGUGGACUCACUGUGGAUGUCAUAUCCACUGAGAAAUAUUGCCGAACUUCCCCAUAAGAUGUUUGACACAUUUCUGUUUUCUUGUUACCGUUCUGGUACCAUAUUAAAUAAAUGGCAAAUAAAUUUCACCAGAAGUUUAGAUGAUGUAUUUUUUCCCAUUUUCUUGUUUUUGUUCUGAAAAUUAAGAUGUUCUGUCUCGAAAAAAAAUGAAGAAAAAUGUUCUCAUA